GCGAACAUGUACCAGAUCGCUUUAUGAACAGUUCCAUAUUUCAUCAUUUGUUCCCCUGGUACACCAUACAAGAUACACUUUUUAUACCAAUUAUAUGUUUUCUAGCUUGUGUAGCGAGCAUGUAGCUGUUACUGGUAAAAGAACAGGUUUUAAUCAGUUGCGCGGCAUAUUCAGAAGAGAACUCUUGUCGAUAUGGAUUUAUUUGCCAGUACUGUAGGAAAGUAGUGCAAUCACCAUUAAAGUUGGAACUUAAUUGUGUCGGUGUGAUUUAAAUCAAAAAGAAAAUGAAACUAAUUUAUCUGUUGUGAAAAAUAUUUUGUUCAUAUACAGUCACAUUGAAGUAGGUUAAGCUUUUAUAAUGCGGAAUAAACAAUUUAGCUAACUAUCGUUUACAUUUGAAUUAUAUAACUGCAUUGUUGACCAUUAAACCUUGAAAACCCAUAUCGAUUAGGCUAUUCUCUGAUUUACUAAAUGGUUAUGGCUAACAUACGCUACUUUGAAACAAUAUAAAGUGAAUAAAAUGAAAGAAAUCUCAAAUAAAGAUAGGGUACAAGAGGAAACAAAGGCUCUUAAACCCGAAGGUAAAACAGAACAGCCACAAGAUGUAUCAACAGAUGAUUUCAGAGAUCUAGACCGAGGUUGGGCCUGGGUUAUUCUCUUUGCAUCAUUUGGAACGUUUUGUUUAUUAGGAAGUUCUCUUUAUUCUGUUGGAAUUAUUCAAUCGGUGCUUCUUCAAAGAUAUCAAGAAAGUGUGUCACUGACGUCGUGGCCAGGGGCUUUGAACACUGCGUUGAUGUCGCUUGGAGGUCCAUUAUCAAGCGCUGUGGUGGAUCGCUUCAGUUGCAGAACAGCCAUCGUUUCUUCCGGUAUAUUCCUGACAACUGCAUACCUCACUACAGCCUUCGCAACCAACAUUUAUGUUACUACAUUUACCUACGGUUUCAUCGGAGGAAUUGGUGGUGCACUCGGAUAUACAGCUGCUUUGGUUGUGAUCGGUUUGAAUUUCAGGAAACGCCGACAUUUAGCUGUCGGUAUAGCUGUUUCCGGUGUCGGGGCUGGACUUUUUGUGCUCGCACCGGUAAUGCAACUGUCACGUGAUUACUACGGACCCUCAGGAUUCUUCAUCAUUGUGGCAGCAAUGAUGGCAAAUAUAAUCGUAUUCGGUAGCAUGUGCUUUCCGAGUGGGCUAGAAAUUGCGACACAAAAACAACGAAGACAUGAAGUAUAUAAAUCCAAACGAGAAAAUAAUUUUAUACAGGCUUUAAAAUGUUACUUAAGAGUUCUAACAAAAGUUACCGUCAUAUUGCUAUGCUUGUGUAUGUUCUGUUAUUGCCUAGGAAUUCAGUUGAUAUAUCAACACUUACCAAACUUUAUAGUUGUCAAAGGUUUCACUGCCAUACAAGCGGCAUUCCUGGUUUCACUUUCUGGAUUACUAUCGGUGUUUGGCCGGGUACUGACUGGCAUCGUAACAAACUUGAAUCGCAUAAACUGCAUUGUUUUAUACGCUGGCUCAAUGGCUGUUGUUUCAAUAGCUUCCAUUUUGUACCCAUUCAUAUCAAAACAUUUCGUUGGUCAUGUGAUAUAUAUGGUGGUGCUGGGUUUAUUUUUUGGAUGCCCAUAUGUAACUAUAAUGGCUGUAAGCUUGAAAUUUGUUGGAAUUAACUAUAUAUCGUCGGCUAUAGGACUUCAAUAUUGUGCUGGCGGAGUGGGAUCAAUUGUCGGACCAGUUCUUGCAGGUUUUCUUAUAGACAGCGGAGGGUCAUACGAAUUGUCCAUUCUUAUAGCUGCAUUUUGCAUAGCUUUUGCGUCGAUCUUCAGUGCUGCAACCGAAUGCUUCAAGCCAAAAGAUAAUGACCACACCUUAGAUACGGAAUUUGAAGUGUCCCAGAAGAUACAGUCACCUAAAGAAACAACAGUUCAUUGCAAAAUGCUGAAUGAAUGAAUUAUUUCCGUUGUCUUUCAUUUUUAGAUUUUUGAUUAGAUUCCGCAUGUAUGUUUAUAUAUAUGAUUUUGAUACUUCUGAGACCUUCGUAGGUUAUUUUGAUUUUAACUUCUUGUAAAAAAGAGAUUCUUGUGCGAUUAUAUUUGAAAUUGUGUUAUAAUUGUGUGCUUUAGUCAACGCUUUAUUCUAUGUUCUUACUAUAUAUGUAAAAGCACUACAAUGUAUAUGUAUAUCAUUUUGUAAGAAUUCUAUCUACUCCAUCAAAAUAUAUGUACAUUUGAAGAGUUUUAGAAUUGUCGAAUGUUUAUUUUAGUUCUACUUUGGUUCUCUUCAAACUGUCCUCAUUCUACCCAUUUGAAAAGUAACGGAAGCAUGGAGCACAUCAAGGGCUACCAGAGCAAAACAAACACUGCUAUGGAAGGAUACAACUGAUUGGCUACUUUAUGUUACAUGUUUAUUUUCAUAUCGGUGAACGUACUUUUGUCACACUCUAGUUCAUCAUAAUUUCAUUUUACGGGGAUUCACAAACGCUUA